AUGGAAACGUUCCAAGUGACAACAGCAGCUGUUGAUGGAUGUAGUGUUCAUAAUUCCAAGUACCGAUCGAAGUUUAAUCAUGCUGUUAAUAUAAUUCGACGUUCAACGAAGUUUAACAAACACGUUUUUCAUGAAUUACCUAAACGAUGUUGUUCGUGUGAUCGAUCUCAAUGUAUUGAUACUCUACGGAAUAAAUACGAUGUUCACAUUCACAUCAUCGAUAGAUCGUCCAGCAAAGUACUUAUCAAAAAGAGCAUCAAUGUCAGAAACAAAGACGGUAUAGAAGAAACAGUUUCUGCUGACAAAUUUCGCGUGUUAAUUCGAAGAAAAUCCAAAUUGACGACAGAUAUAAUUCCAUUCGAUGAAAUCGAACAAGAGAUCAGUGAAAAAUUGGAGGAAGCAAGUAAAUUUCGAUUUAUUCAAAAAGAAUUUACCUUUGAUGAGAAAGGUCAAUUUCAACUCGUGUGUCUUCCAUUCGAAUUAACACUCUCAUCGGAAGAAAUUUGUCGAACCGUGAGGCGUUCUAUUAUGAAGAAAGGCGAAAACCUACGUAGUUUAGAAGAUCAAUACAAUAUUCGCUUACAUAUCAUCAAAAAUGAAAAAUUGAAUUCCAAAUAUUUUGAAAAGAUCGUCAAGCAGCAAAAUGGAAACGCUUCGGGGAAUUUCUAUUUAUUCAUCACUCAAACCAGCAGAUUUUUCGAAGCACAAUUUAUUGGAGAAGUGAUCGUAUUAAUAGCGCUAUCUACAGUAUAA